AUGGUGGAGCAUCCAACAGGAUGCUCAUCAGUGGACCAAACACUGCCUCACUCGCUCAGCCGGCAAGGUCCACAAGCAUGCACGAAAUCCACAAUCCUACUGCCUCUCACUCCAACAAUCCCGUCUCAGCAGUUCCAACACCUGCCCCACCUCUACCCAAAACCCUGUUACUCUGAGGCCGAAGAUCUACCUUCCCCUCCCAACUAG